GGAGUCGGAAAAAAUUCGGAAAAAAGAGGUUGUGAAACGAUCUGUUUGGAGGCUGCUGGUGGAGACAGCUGAUGUUUACUUCGUGUCUUGCCGAGGGACAGACAGGGUAUCUCUCUUUUUGGCUGCUGGAAAAAUGAUGUGAGGAGAAAAUGAGGAUAUUUUGAUUUUUUUUUGGCUGGAAAUACUUAAAUACUUACUUCACCUCCUGGAAGAAACAUACUUGGUUCAGGCGUUGUCAGUCAUGGGAAGCUUCAAGGGCCACGCGCUACCUGGAAGCUUCUUUCUGGUAGCUGGGAUCUGGUGGACAGGAAAGCACUCACUCUGGCACGCCACCCGCAGGAACAAGAAUAUCGGUUCCACUCGGCUGGCCAGCAGAGCCUCACAGCGCCGCCUGGAGAUCAUUGAAAGCUCUGUCAUACUCUUCUUCUCUUUUGUGGGGAUGGUGGCAGAGCAGUUCUUAGCAGAUGGACCGAAACUCCAGUUGUAUGACUUUGCAGAGAAACACUGGGAAGAUCUGAUGAACUGGCAGCAUACCACCAUGUAUCUGUUCUUCAGCUUGGCUGGGACCGUUUCACUCAUCAUCCACACCACAGAUGCUGCUCCGCUGGCACUGGAUAGGUUAAUGCUGGCAAUUGCUUUCUUUAAUGAAGGAUUUCUUUUCCUCUACCACCUCCAUGGCAGGAGUAUGCUGGAUGUCCAUGUACAUCAGCUCCUUCUCUAUGCCAUCUUUGGAGAUGCUUUUGUUGCCUUCCUGGAGGUCUUUCACCGAGGGAACAUCCUGCUGGAGCUGCUGCGCUGCACCCUCACGCUCCUGCAGGGAAGCUGGUUCUGGCAGAUUGGUUUUGUGCUGUACCCUCCCCAUGGCCCUGAGUGGGACCUAAAGGAUCAUAACAAUAUGAUGUUCAUCACCAUGUGUUACUCCUGGCACCUCGCCUUCGCUAUGUUCGUUGUGGGCGUGCUCUACUGCACCGUCAGCUGUGUGGUUCGCUCCAGAUUGAAGAGGACUCCUCCGAUGGAAAUGGGACUUCUGAAGCCCAGAGACAGGGAUCCAGAGUCAGAAGAUGAGAUUUUAUGAAAAGGACUGUUGUACACUUACAUUGUGACUCCUAUAUAUCACAAUUAAAUCAGGGAUAUAAUGUUUGCAGUUCCAGCAGCAGUACGACAAGAGGCGAAGCAUGCAGACAGAGAAGGGAUAAGGACCUGGUAUCUGGAUGCUUUACUUUAAAAAUAUAUCUCUACCUCUGCCUUACUUAACCAUCUGUAAACCUUUCAGCCUUAUUCUCAUUGUUAAUUGCUAUUUAUUUUACUGUGGCCUAAUACUUUUCAUAUACUCUGUCAUAUCUCUUUUUUUCCGCUGUUCUUUUGCACACUAUAAGUGAACAUGAACUCAUAUGGGAAAGCUUUUUUUAUGGAUCGCAUGCUUUUCAUUUGCCAAACUUUCCUUGUCAGACAUUUUGGUGUUCAGUAGCGCCAUCUUGUGGUGAAAACAAUCAUCCUUAGUACUGCAUAUUUUACUUGAAAGCAUAUCUUUAAGUAUUUUACAUAGCUUUUUUGUUCCAUAUUGUUACACAUGUGAGACAUACAACUGCCAAAAAUAAGACUUGUAUUAAAGAUGUUUAAAUGUUUAUAUUGUAAUAUUUGACAUUAUUACUAAUAUUCAAUAUUAAUAGUUGCUAAUGUUGUUUAUGCAGUUCUUCUGCAGUAUUUAUUCAGCGUGUACAGUAGUACCUAACACAACGUUUAUAGUGACACUUUUAUAUAAUUCAAAAUGUUAUAAUAAUACUAUCCACCGAAUUUAUACUUUUGUGAGACACUGAGAUACAUGUUAUCUACCAUUUCUUAUUAUAUUAGUCACAUCAACACAAAAUGAUCACCAAUGCAUCACUUAAUGAGGAGGAAAAUAAAUAGUUUCAUAUGGCUCAUAAAUUGCUCCUGCAAACUUAUUUUGGUCAGGACAGCACAACACAGCAGGCGUCAACAAAGAUCGUAUGUGUUCAAGAAGACCAAUCACUCCGUUCAUCACAUGUCCUUUGGUUAUAACAAGUAGUCUGGUUGGUAUGCUACAAACCUGAAACUAUUCUAUAUAAUUAGGCCUGCUUCUAACAAUUAAUUUCAUUAUCGAUCAAUCCGCCAAUUAUUUUUCUUGAUUAAC